AUGAAUCGCCGCCAACGACUGGAAUUUGCUCUCACCCUGCUGCCCUAUGACCCAAUGACGGUGCAGCUGUCGCCAGAGCAGAAAAGUGUGGAGGAAAUCAUCGCUCGUCUGCGGACAGACGACUCCUUAACCGAGGAGGAGAGUGACGACGGGAAGAUGCGCCGCCUGAAAGAUGCCGAGACCGAUACUUUUGUGGACAACACCAUGCACGAUAUCGAGCUGUCCGAUAUUGGAAAACUGAGCACAUUGGCUACCCUGACGCUGGCUGCCGAGAGACUGCUGAGGACCCAACAAGGCGAGGAGGAACAGUUUGAUGACGACUUGGCCAUCGAUGGGGAGACAGCCUCGUCAGAUGCAGACCAGGAGAUCCUGAUGAAGAGCACCAUCAAGGCGGUGAAUGAGGUGAAACUCAAGUUGCUGCAGCAAUGGGAGCGGAACAAGCGCAAGGCCCUGGAUCUGCUCACCAUCGAGAUUGAGAAGGUUCAGGCAAUGGACCGGGAUGAUGCGCAACGUACGUCCCACUUUGAGAUGUUCCGCGAUGGGACUGAGGAACACAACACAUCCACACCCAGGACCAAUGACGAGGAUUUAGGAAUCGAUGACGAUGAUGAAGACUACGUGCCCGACAGUGAGAACAGCACAAAACGCAAGCGCAUCAAGAAGCCCGUGACGUCCACCCCAAAUGCAAAGCGUAUGUGCCCCGACUUUGAGUUCGAUCAGCAUCCGAGCUCGCCGAUGGUAAUGAUUGGUCCAAACGGCACUCAAGUGUCGCGCAGCAGUCUGAGUGCCAUUAACUGGGACAUGACUGGUCCCUCCAUAACCAGAAAAUUGCUCUGCGAGAUCUUUGACCGCGACACUCUUGCCCACCACACGCUAUCCGGCAAACCGUCACCGGCCUUCCGGGACUGCGCUCGUCCCAGCAAACAGCAACUGGAUCCGCUCAAGGUGGCGGACCUUGUCUAUCUGAUGACCAAUACUCUGGACAUGACACCGCGUGAGGUUCGCACAGCGAUCACUACGAAGUGCGCCGACGAGAACAAGAUGCUGCGCUCCCGGAGCCAGCGGCGACAGCGCAAGUCAAAGUAGUUGUGUAUGUAGAUCCUAAGUAUAGACAUUAGCCCAG